AUGGAACCAGGUAAAAGUAAAUACGGUGGCCACCCUAGAGGUAGUAAUAACAGCAGAAAAGAACAAACUGUACAGACUAGUGAUGUCGAUAAUGGUGUCCUAGACAGUUUAGAAAGUAUUUUGAAUGAUAUGGGAUACAAUAGUUCCGCAAGUGACUACCAACCAAUUAUUCAAUUCUUUCGCAAAGGUUUUGCUAAUCAAGUAGUUCAAACAUGGUCGUAUUAUGCGCAGACAAAUAAUCAUCCUAAGACUUCACAUGCGACCUCUUUAUUGGUUAAGACCCUACCUAUUCUAGCGGCUCAUCCAGAUACAUUGCAGUAUGGUAAGUCGUUGAUCCAAUUAAUUUUGACGAGCUAUGUGAAAGUUCUGUAUAGAUGUCUUAAUAACCAACGUGCACAGGUGACUAACCCAGUAUUAAGAUUGAUGAAAGGAAUGAUUCUCUUCAACAAUUCUCAACUUGUUGAAGAUUUCCUGGCCUAUUUUGAUUUAUCUUUGCCAAGUUUAGCUAGAAUACUAGUACCACCAAAGGCAGAGAAUGAAAACAAGCGUCAAAAUGACUCUGGCAAAGGUAAAAAUUACAAAACAAUGAGAGAGACAUUACUAGAUUUUUGGAUUCUAUUAAUCAGCAAGACCCCUGCACUACUAAGAAGAGACCUAUUAACUGAUAAUUCCAAGAUAAUGGGGGCUUGGUUUAAAUUUAUUGAUAAGAAUGAUUCAGAGGAGUUGGUUGAGAGAGCUGUUACGUUAUUCACAAGUAGUAUCCUAGAGGAGAAAUUUUUCAAGAGAACAACAAAAUGUAAAGUAUUGAACGAACUAACAAUCUCAAAAUUACAUCAUUUCUAUUACUCCCAAAAUAAAGAGCUGGUGAAAAAGGUAAAUCAAUUCUUUGUCAUAUAUGGUAGCUCUCCAGAGUUUAGCAUUGCUUAUCCAGAUAACAGUGUUUGGUUUGAAUUAUCACCUAUAACAGGUUCUAACACUGGUGUCCCAGUUACUAUUCAUCAAAAGGAGUUCAAGUUGCACAAUAAACUUUUAUUUAAUCUUCUAAGGAUAUUGAAACCUUGGGAAGAUGAUUUACAAUCAACUACCACUAUUAAGAUUCUAAAGCAUACCCCUGAAUUAGUCGCCCCAUAUUGUACAUACAUUGCAUCAUUAGGUACUCAUGAUCCUAAAAUGACUUCUUAUUGGUUUGGUAUGACCCUUCUUUUGGGAAGAAUUAUUCAAAUUGAUAUUCCAGAAUUUAUUAAAAGAGUCGAAACCGAUUCUACUCCAAAUGAAAGCUUAGUCCUUGAAAAUAUUAUCCCUUCAUCAUUAACAAAAUCUGCAUUAACAAAGGCCUUGCAACAUGAAAACAAGAUUAUUCAACAACUCUCAUGUCAACUUAUAGUGUUUGUCUUUCAAAAGUUAGAUAAAAUUUUACAACUAUAUACACAAAAAGGAUGGAGCUCUCAGAGGGCUGUUAUUAGUACUAUGGUUCUCAAAAAUAUUCCAGAUUUACAAAUUUUCACUAACUCUUUAACUAACACUUACAAUACAGAUAAGAAUAAUCAAAUAUUACAAUUAUCAGUUUCCACUAUCCUUGGUUAUUACAGUAACAUAUUUUCCAAUUUUUUCUCAGUAACUCUUCAAACACCAAAUAUCUUCACAGAUAUUAUGGAAAAACCAUCAUUUACAGGUAUGGAUGUUGCCAUUCUAGACCAAUUUUUACAAUUCCAAAAGUUUAAUGGUACCCAGAUGAGAUGGUGGAAUGCUACUUCUAACCAAAAUUCAUUAUUCAGUUCUUUAUUAAAAUUAGCGUCAUCUAAAAAUUCCAAAACAACUAUGACGUUAAAGAUAACUAGAUUGUUGGUCGAUUUAUUGCAUGGUACUGUCAUAUUUGAUAAUAAUACUUUGGCAUCUCCAAUAUAUGCCCUAAUAAAUAGUUUACAGAUAGUAUCAAUGGAUAACAGUCAUACAGAUAAUAUGACUGCAAUUUGGAAGUUACUAGAUGAAUGUAUUGCACGUUGUAUGAAGACUAUAUACAAAUAUGUGGACAUGUCAAAGGAAUUCGAUUAUAUAUCACCUUUUGUUAUGGCACUAACCGAACAAUGGAAAUAUGUUGAUAGAACAACCAAUUUUGAUAUUACUUCCAAAUGGGUUUGUUUAUUCUUAAGAUCCCUAGUGUUUGUUGGUGAAUCGCAAAGAGGAAUUGUAAAUGUUGUCUCUCAAUAUUUAUCAGACAUCCCAGAUGAUUUGAAAAAAGUAUACUUUGACUUCUCUGAAGAAGGAAUUGAAACUUUAAAAUCUCAAGAGUAUUUAAUAAACGAGGGUAUUAAUUCAUCGUAUGCAAUUUUUGUGAUUCUUUCAAAGUGGUCUACAGUAGAAUCCAGUCAGAGGAUUCCAAUCAACGAUUUAGAUGCAGCUGUCAUCCUAGUUAAACUAAGACAAUUAGCUGAUGAUGAGAAUAUCGAAUUGAAUGGUAGCCUGAAGAAUUACGUGAGUAGCUUAUGCUCAAAUUUAACUAUUUAUUGCCAAUCAACAAAAACCUUUAAUAUCCUUGAUGAAAGAAUUUAUGGUAACUUAUUUACUAAAAUAUUGUCUGAUGGUUCCUCCAAGUCUCAAAGGGAAAAAUUGAUAUUUAUUAUUGACCAAGUACUAAAAAUUGAAACAAAUAUAAUAGAUGAAGACCACCAAAUAAACCAAGCAUUUUUAGAUUUCACUUUUAAGUGGUUGUUAAAUAAUAGAGAAAUGAUUGAGAAUGUAGACUGUAACUCGUUUAGAAACUUACUAGUCACUUUGGUAGGAAUUGUUCAAGACGAUGUACUAAAGAAGUUGCUAUCAGGUAAUAUUCAAGGAUGCCCUAAAUUAGUUUCAACUAUCGUGGAAAAGCUAUAUCAUAAUUCUUCUUACAAUAUGGAGUAUCCUUUAUUGAUGGAAUUAGUAACAGAUACCUUUGAAGUGACUAAGGAUUCUAUUGGUAGGUUUAUUAAAGAAGGAAGAGUAAAUACUAUGCAUUCCCAGAAUUUGCUGACGAAACUUAUUUCUGAUAACAAAUACGAUGAACUUUUAUCUGUUUUCAUUAAUUCUCAAUAUUUUAUAUCUUCUGAAUUUGGACCAUUACUUAAUAAAUUAAGUAAUAAAGGCCUAAAGAUUAUAGUUGCUAAUAGAUUCGUAAACGAAACAAACUUAUCUGAAGACUGUGAACAAUUCGUAAGAAACAUAGUUGAGGAUUGUUACAAAGACUAUAGAGAUAUAGAUAACUCUAACUUUAGAUUAUACUUUAAAUUAUUUUCGACAUAUGGGGGAAAAUACCUAACUAAGGAACAAAAUCUGAAUAUUAUCAAGUUUGCUACUGAAGAAUGUGAGCACAAGUAUUCCGAUUCUAUAAUUGAUUUGGUCAAAGUAUCGGACGUAUUCACUGAAGACUAUGUCAUUAAAUGGUUAAAUAAAAUGACCCUUUACAUUACUAAAAUAUUUACAGAGUGUGAUGUCUUAACGGAGAAAUAUCUUUCUGUUUUGCAAAGCUUCACUGAACUUGUGAAGUCUAUAAAUAUUUGGGAGAAGGUGAACACAAAUAUUUUAAAUUCACAACUUGAGGCAAUCUUAAGCAAGAAAUGGAUAUCAGAUGAAGAGGUUAUUAAUUACGCUUUACUUGUUGUAUUAGCCGCCAAACAGAAGGAUGUUGAAUCUGCAAGACUCGUUCAAUUCAUCUUAAACAAUGAAGAUAGUCCAUUGGACAGAUCAUCUAUGCAAAAUAAUUUAUCCUACUCAAUCAUUUGUUUGCUAUAUAGUUUAUUCAUUGUUGACCCAACUGGUAACGCAAAUGUCACUGUUCAAAAGAAACUUCUUACAUUUUACUCUGGAAGUAUUUCGAGUGUAGAUAGAUUAAUCCUGCGUAUGUUAGAAAUCAUUGAAUCAACUACGUCAUUGGUUUGGACUAACAACAUUUACACUUGGGAUUUCAUGGAAGAAGAUGAUGAACAAACAUUAGAUUUAAUGGGAAAUACCAAAUUAUUUGUUGAGGAAAAAGAAGGGUUAAUCUUAACUUUGAAGAAAAGAGAUAUUCUCUUCUCUACUUCCAAAUAUAGAAUUGACAGACCUAAUAUUCCAGAAUUAGACGAUAGGAAAUCAAAUGUAGAGUUACUCAAGGUAUUAGAUUUAUUUUAUCAAGAUACUGAGUAUCUUUUGCCAAAGGAAACAUCUCAUACCAUUUAUGAUCCAUUGUUUCUAUUAUUGAUUUCGAUUCAUAACAAAGAACUGGUAUCUGAAAAGAGUAAUCCAGAGGAUCCAGCCUCAAAACAGAUGGUUUUCCAAGUUAGAAAAUAUUUGACAUCUGGUCUAUUUCAAUAUUUUGUUGGUGCUUUAGGAGAUUCUGAUAAAGAUAUUAAACAAAUUGCACUUAUCUUAUUAACCCAAAUGAUGCACACCUUAGAGAAUAAUCAACAAUUCAAAGAUGGUAACAUUUUUAAAAUUCUCUUGAAAAAAAUCGUUUACAGUAGUAAUAACAACGGUGGAGAAAAUGGUGAAAUCAUACCUAUUAUUUGGUAUGCAACAAGUAGAAUCUGCGAUUUAUUACUUCAUCCAACAACACAACUAUAUGAAAAGGCUUAUAAAUGGGUUCUAAAUGGACCUUCCAUCCGUUCUAACGAUAUUCCUAUGAUGUAUGAAUUAAUUUCUCCUUCAAAACCAGAUAUCAAUUUUGAAUACUAUUUCAGUCAAUUAGGUUGGGUUUUAAAGACUUUGGAAGAUGGUAUAAGAUCUAAGGAAGAUGUGGAUUUUUUAAAGAAAAGAUCAGUAAUGGAAUGGUUAUCCAAUAUUACCAAUGUCCCAUACUUGAAUGCUAAUAUGAAUUCAAUGAUUGCAUCAAUAAUCUAUAAGAUUCAAAGAAUAGAUGAUGGUGGUUCUACAUUAAUCACAAGAUUCGGUGGUGUUUCUGAUAUGGAAUUGAAAAAUAUAUCUAUUGGUCAACAUCUGGAAGAAAUUUCUGAGUCUAAAAGAGACCACAAGAUAACAAACUCAGAUAAAACUUUGAAGAAGCAGCUUAUCCUAGAGGAGCAACAGUUAAAUACCCAAGAGAUUCUAAGCAGUUACGUGGAAAUAAUCAAUUCCAAAAAGAGACUAUUAGAAUGGACUGUAGACGAUACACAAAAUUUGAUAAAGAGGGUAUGUAAAUGA